UUUACAUUGUGUUUAAUUUGUAGUCCACUAGGUGGCGUUGUAGUAAAUGAUUUUAGCAUCCCCCUGGUCGCAAAAAAAUCACAAGACAUCACUCAGUCUCAGUGGGAAACCCCGGCAAAUCUGCGAACACUUAGCCUUGUAACGUUUACUCCUAGGUAUAGAGUUGAACAAUUUUGGCAUGCAACGACAGUUUCGUGAUACAGACUGGACGGAUAUCUGUGUGGACUGAUUUUUUUUUUUAGAUUUAGGACAUCACCAGCUGACUAACUAGUAGCUGCUAGCUGUCUAGCUACCGGGCUAGCUAACUAGCUACUCAGCUGUCAAAACAAAUACCGGAUAACGUGAACGCGAACGUAAGCUACGGGGAACAACUGGUUUAUUUAUUUAGAAUAAUGGAUCAGCAUACGACAUAUUCCGUCCAGCUAUACAUAUAUGACCUAUCCAGGGGGAUGGCUCGUCAGCUCAGCCCUAUCAUGUUGGGGAAACAGCUUGAUGGAAUCUGGCACACGUCCAUUGUGGUCUAUGGAGAAGAGUUCUUCUAUGGAGGAGUCGGCAUCUCAAGCUGUCCACCGGGUGGGACCAUGUUGGGUUCUCCGGACUCUGUGGUGGAACUGGGAAACACGGAGGUGAACGAAGAGAUUUUUAUGGAAUACCUCUCAUCGCUUGGGGAGAGCAGUUACAGAGGAGACCGGUACCGACUGUUUGAGCACAACUGCAACACCUUCACCAACGAGGUGGCCCAGUUUCUCACCGGCCACAAGAUCCCGUCCCACAUCACAGACCUGCCCUCCGAGGUCCUCUCAACGCCCUUCGGCCAGGUGCUUCGCCCCAUCCUGGACUCGAUCCAUAUCGCUCCUCCAGGGGGGAACGUGAUCAACGGCCAUAACAACCACAGCUAGAGCCCCCCGCCUCUCGCCCGCCCUCCAACCCUCCCAGGCAAGAGAAUAAACAACAACGCCCCCUUUAACUGAGACACACUAUGUGGAGCAAGGUCUGCUUUCUUCUGUAUUCUACCGAACAUGACAGCUUUUUUGCUCCUCGUGGUAGUUCACGUGUAUUGAUGACGCUUUGAGUAUAUGCAUAUAUAUAUAUUUUUUUGUUCUGUUGUGCAUAAGUGUGCACAGUUCUACCCGUGUCUGGAAUCUCUGUCUUGUUUUUUUUCUCUCUCUCCACAGUUUGUUGUCAGUUUUCCCCCAAUUCUCUGAAAGUUAAUUAUUUCGCACUGCUGUACUUUAAAGCUUUGUGUCAGUUGUGUGUAUUAUUAUUAUUUUUUUAAUUUUUUUUUUUUGUCGGCUUUGUCCCGAGGUGCUUUUUAAGUCAACGUCUCCGUUCCUCUCCGUUGUGUCACACAACAAAGACAUGUAUCCACGGCAACAGAGAGCAAAGCCUAUCACAGAAUACCCGAGGGUUCUGUCGCUCCGACUCUACGCACAGUCUAGAGCAAACCACCUGUGUUUGACAGAUCAAAAAGGAGCGCAGGGGAGAGCCCAACCCCAUUGGCUUAGCGUAGCAUCUCAUUUGUUUCCGAGUCACUCAGUCGAUUAGCCGUGUCCUUUUUUUACUCGGCACUACCUCCAGAAAUGGAAUCGUUCUGAAGUCAAGAGCCAACUCCGAUUGCUUGCAUAGACUUAACACAAAUCAGCAAUUCGAAAACGAAGUCAAGUUCUAUUUAUUGGAAAGGAUGUGUAUGUGCAUGUGUGUAUGUGUGUGUGCCUGUGCCUGUGCCUGUGUGCCUGGGUGUAUGUGCAUUCUAUCUAUUAAGUUAUAACUCCAGUAGUGUAGUGGAAAGGAUCACCACCUCCCACCCUCUAAACACACCAGAGUGAGAAAGUGAGAAGGAUUGACUUCUCCUUCUCACAGCUAGUAGCGCAUUCUCCCAGGCAGGCAGCAGUUGGCCAGCUCUGUGCCGAGCGGAGCGGACGGCCGUAGAUCUUAAUGCCCCACCAGACGGUUGUGUGAGUAAUGUACACUUCGGUGCCCCCCCCCCCCCCGCACUGGCACGCACGCUCACCAACCUGGAAGAGUGUGGCACUGUUACCCUAGCAACAGGCUUGAGAGGGAAGAAGAAGCACAGGGCAGCAGCAGUGGAGGUGGUCACACACACACACACACACACACACACACACACACACACACACACACACACACACGUCACACUCUCCCUCACGCUCCCCCAAAACCAAAACAAACCUCCAGAAGAGUGCAAUAGUGACCAUUAACAUGUGAUUCCAUCGAAUUUUUUUUUACUACAGGAGCUGGCUGUUGCUCAGGUGCUGUUGUUGUUUUAAGUUGUUGCUGCGUCACGUCAGAAAUAAAUGCAAACAAUGCAAGCGAAUAUAUAUAUCAACCUCAUGAAUAGUCCCAAUGUAUGCGUGAACAUUUGUAUUUGAAGGUACGCUAUUCACAAUGAGCUACGUCAUAUAUGCAGUGAUGUAUAUGAUGUUUUUAAAUGUUUGGCUUUAGUACAUAAUAAUAAUAAUAAUAAUAAUAAAACUUUAUUUAUAUAAACAUAUAUAUAUAUAUACAUGGCGAAUCUCCUUGACUUUAUAACUAGUGCCAUGACAGGACAGCACUAACAUAAACAGAGAUGGCGUUCAUGUUCACUCAGCUACUCAUAUCACCAGGAAACUUUCAAAGUUCUUUAGCCGAUACGAUGAAGGAGAGAGAAGCGGAAGUGGAGAGAGAGCUCCACCUAUCGUGCGGUCAUACUACUGAAUAAACCGGAAUCUUGCUAUGGAAGUAACGUACGAACAUGGGGCCAUUGGGUGGUAGCCGCCUGACAGUACAUCUUGGACUUUGUGGGUAGUCUUACAGUGUCACAUUUGAUGAUGUACAGUCAGUGUGUGUGUGUGUGUGUGUGUGUGUGUGUGUGUGUGUGUGUGUGCUUGUGUGUAUGUGAGUGUGUGUGUGUGAAUUCUUUUUGAGCGGGACAGGUGUGAAUGCCCUGGGAUCGUUUUGUAAUAUUUUUCUUUUAUCCCCA